GGUUUGUCCCCUCGUCCAAGCCGCUCUCCACUCUCGAGGCCAGUGUGAGUCUAACCCGAACCGCCGUCGUCGUCCCCGCCGCGAAGCCGAUCUCGAUCCCCCUCCCAUGGCGGCCGCCCUCUCCUCCUCGCGGCGGGCUCUACACGCCCUCCACCGCCGCCUCCUCCUCCUCCCCCUCCCCCUCCCUUCCGCCGCACGCCACGCACCUUCCCCCUCCCACUUCCCCACUGCCUCCUCCUCCUCCUCCUCCCGCUUCUUCUCCGCCACGCGCCCCGACGCGAGGCUACUCCGCCACGCGCUGCCUCCGCGGGCCCCGCCGCAACGUCGGGUGGUGGGCGGGGUCAGGUCGGCCGCGACGGGCGGCGGGUCGAAGCUGGGGCAGGGGGUGAAGGGGCUGGGGCUGGGGCGGCCGCUGGGGGCGGCCAGGAGCGCGGCGGCGCGGUACCGGGAGGCCGUGGGGCUGCAGGUGGAGGCCUUCUGGAGGCGCAACUACAUGCUGCUCGUCGGCGCCGGCGCCGUCGUCGUCUGCAUCGCGCUGUGGAGGGUCAUGUUUGGCAUCGCCAGCACCUUCGUCGGGCUCUCCGAGGGCAUGGCCAAGUACGGCUUCCUCGCUCUCGCCACUGCCAUGGUGACAUUCGCCGGCAUUUACACACGUGCAAGAUUAACCAUAAAUCCUGACAAGGUUUAUAGGAUAGCAAUGACAAAGCUCAAUACCUCUGCUGCAAUCCUUGAAGUCAUGGGUGCACCCUUAACUGGUACUGAUGUCAGAGCAUAUGUCAUGUCUGGUGGGGGGCCUAAACUCAAGGACUUCAAAUUUAGGCUUGGUGGAAAAAGGUGCUUUCUGAUCUUCCCAAUUAAAGGAUCAGAAAGAAAGGGCCUUGUAAGCGUUGAAGUCAAGAAGAAAAAGGGACAGUAUGACAUGAAGCUACUUGCUGUCGACAUACCAAUGGCAUCAGGACCUGAUCAGCGGCUAUUCCUUGUCGGUGACGAGAAGGAGUACAAGGUGGGUGGGGGCUUGAUAUCAGAGCUGCGAGAUCCUAUAGUAAAAGCUAUGGCUGCAGAGAAGGAGUUUGAUUAUCUUGAUGAAAGAGAGGAUGCAGAGGACGAACGCAGGGAACGUGAGGAGGCUGAGCGAAGACAACAGGAAGAGGAAGCUGAAGCAUUGAGGCGUGAGGAGGAAAGGUUACGCGGGGAGUAUGAAGAAAGGAAGCGGCGAGAGGCUGAGAACCCGGAGAAAACCACUUAACAGAAUGAACUGCAACAAUUUUUCAUGUUGUGCAUUUUGUUCUUUCGCAACACACACUAGUAGCAAUCAGUGAUUCGAUAGCGACCAAGAAUUGCAUCUGAGUUUCAGACUUGAGAGAGGCAAUGUGCCCUCACCAGGCAUAGCGUGUGAAGAAAGUAAUAAUAUUUUUGCUGCUCCUUGACGGAUUACUUGGGAGCUCUCUGUAACUCACUGGUUGCUUCAUGGGCCCUUUUGCAGUUUUGCUGCCAAUCUGUGGCGGCGCCUCUCGAUGCCUUGAACCGAUGUGUUUGCAGUUUGCUGGCUGUUGCGGCUCUAUUAUGGUCCUGCCAUAAUUUUUGCUACCGCCCUUUGGUCUGAUAGGUUAUAGGGAUAUAUACCAUCAGGUAAUGCAGCUAGACAGCUGUCAUUUGUGUCUUUGUUCACCUGUGCCAUGUUGCUGGUCUGCUUUGGCUGUGCCAUGCUAAGAUUCCUUGUUGAAUAUCCACAAAAUGGUACAUGUUGAUCCACUGUUCUUUGGGAACUUUUUGAGAAAUCG